GUAGAAUCGCAUUAUGGCCCAGUUGGUCUAAACAAUCCUAGUGCAUUGCUUGCCAAUAAGAGUUAUCCAUGGGAUCAGGGAAGAUUUCAAGCAAUUCGAAUUGGUCCACCAUCACUUCCAACUUUCCCGAUCCAACCUUUGCCACCUAAUCCAGCAUUAAACACGAGUAUUCUUACGGAGUUGGGACCACAUUGGCGAUCACAGUCAAAAUCGCAACAUCCAAAAACUAUGAUCUUUACGACAGCAGCAACAAAAAAUCAGAUAUUAACACAAAAUCUAUCAAAAAUAAUCAGAAAAACGACUCGAAUUCCAUGGAGUAGUAGACGGAGACCAAAACCAUCUAAAAUUUUAAAAAUUAGUUCCAAAGAUUUUGAUGGUAUGAGAACUGAUAAAAUCUCGGCUGAUAUAACUAAAAGAAAUAAUAGUAUUAUUGCUACUCCUGCAAUUUCUGAAAAAGUGAACACCACUUUACCGAGUCAAACAAUUGCUUCAACUUUCACAGUUCCGAAUUCCAAUACGAAUAGCAAUACUACAUUAAUCGUUGAUGAGGAUCAAAUGACGGAAGGAAUAUCGGAGCGAAAAACGAAUGAAUCCAGAAAACUAAUAGUUAAGGACGGAUAUUUUAAAGCACCAAACAAUGAGACAAUUUAUCAAGUUGGAACGGAAGCGCUUAUAAUCAAUGAUGAAGCAGAAGUGGGAAAUAAUUUUUGUUGGGAGACGAUGAUUGGACAGGAGAUUGCAAAAUUGGUCACUAUGGAUCUUGUAAUAACUAUUGCAUCAAUAUUCAUUAUUGAUUUCUUUCGUGAUUUAUGGAUUAAAUAUUGCAAUUCUUGGUGGUGUUGGAAUAUGGAAACAAUCUUCGUAGCAGAAAAUGUACUUCAUAUUAUUAAUAAUCAAGGAAUGGUAUGGCUUGGAUUAUUUUUUGCUCCGUUAUUACCUGCAUUAAAUAAUCUUAAAUUAAUCAUUUUAAUGUAUAUUCGAGGUUGGGCAUGUAUGACGUGUAACGUACCUGCACGUGAAAUAUUCCGCGCUUCAAGUGGUUAUGCUAGAUUUUACAAUGUGUUAACACAAAUGUUGGAAGGUCGAUUGGAUAGGAAAGUGAUAAAUUGGCUUAGAUAUAUUGCUUCACCAGGUGUUGUUAUACCUGUUCUUCUAUUACUUAUGUUAAUCAUUUAUUUUCUGGUAUCGUUAGUUCGAGGAUUACGAAAAACGAACAACGAUCUUCAGCAACAACUUAUACAUGAAAGAACGGAAGAAAAGAAGAAAAUAUUCGAAUUAGUUGGUACUGCACAAAAGAAAGGUUUGCGAAACAAUCGAGAAAAGAAGAAACAAAUGAUUACUUAUUUGCCAUUAGUCGAGCAAAAACGACGUGAGCCAUGGGGAUUUUACAAUGGUCAAGAUCAUAACUCGUCGUUAUGCGUUACAGACGAGACAAACAGUAUGACAAGUCCAGAUUCUGGACAAUCACUUUCACCAAAAAAUCUGAGAACAGGACAAUUAUUGCCACAAUCCACAAUUCAACAAGAAUCUGUAAGAGUUCUCGAACCUGUGCAACAACAAAUCAUAAGAGAAAAUAUGAAUGAUCAAAAUGCAAGCGAAAAUGAGAUAGAAUUGAAAGGAUUGCUUCCGCAAUCAAGUACAGAUCAGGCGAACGAAUGGCUCAAACAUGAUAAUGAUGAUGGUGAUGACAAGAGCGAGGUGCAAUCCUAUAAUGUGGAGAGUGAUGUGAUAGAGGAGGCAACAUCAGAGGAAGUACGCAAUUUGAUGCGUCGACUAACAAAAUCUAUGCAUGGUUCGGCCGUUUCUCUUGUUGUUUCCACAAAAAGUAGCGUUUCUGGUACGAUUAAUCCUGUCACUGUACUCUUUCCGACAUCAUCUGUUAGAGGAGUUAGAAGUGAUUACCGAUCAGCACUCAGUCAAUAUCACUUAUCAAGUCCGUCACCGUAUGAUAAAUUCACUGAUUCCUCAUCCUACGGCAAUAUAUACCGGCUGGUCGAUAGUUCAUUGUUCAACAAGUCAUCACUGAUACAGCUGUCACAGCAUGAACCUAAAACAGAGAAAGCGGCAUCAUCUUUAACACAAUCACACUUGCUACCAAUUCAUCAAUCACAAUGCAUUAGCGAAAUUCACAUUCCCACGUCACAGUUACAUUUUCCGCCAACGAUCUCAAAAGAUGAAAGUGCGGCAAAUCAGCCUACCUUUAGCGGGGAGCCACAAAUAUCACUGAUCGCUGAUACUCAAACCAAAAAGUCCAAAACUUCAAGUCGUUCAAGGACGAGCAGUAUAAAGCAUGAAUUUGUUCCUCGACCAUCUGUGAAAGAUGCUCAAUGUCAAGUUUCCGAAUUUUCGCAGCGGCAACAAAAAUCAAAGGCCGAUUCCGGUAAUAAUCAGCCAUCAAAAAGCAUAUCAUCACAUCAAUCUUGCAAGAAAACCGAAAAUUUUGAAGAAACUUCCUCAGCAUCUAAACAACAUCAUCAACGUCGCUUCCGCAUAUCAGUUUCACCAUCACGACGUCUUCAAAAUCAAAGUGGCCCUUCCGGAAGCGAUACUGACACCAGUACCGGAAAACGUCGUUAUGUGAUUAGGCAAGAGAUAUUGCCGGACUCGACAACAAGUGUUAACAUGGGUGAUGAUAGUGGAGCUUCACAUCGAAAAUCAUCAAUUCAUUCUUACGUUAGAGAUCGAUAA